AUGGCCUGUGAGAUUGAGACAUGUCACCACCACUUUCAGUACCAGACAUCUCACCACCACCUUCAGUCUCAGUACCAGAUGUCUCACCACCACCUUCAGUACCAGACAUCUCACCACCACCUUCAGUACAAGACAUCUCACCACCACCUUCAGUCUCAGUACCAGAUGUCUCACCACCACCUUCAGUCUCAGUACCAGACUUCUCAUCACAACCUUCAGUCUCAGUACCAGACAUCUCACCACCACCUUCAGUCUCAGUACCAGACGUCUCACCACCACCUUCAGUACCAGACAUCUCACCACAACCUUCAGUCUCAGUACCACACAUCUCACCACCCCCUUCAGUCUCAGUACCAGAUGUCUCACCACCACCUUCAGUCUCAGUACCAGACAUCUCACCACCACCUUCAGUACCAGACAUCUCACCACCACCUUCAGUCUCAGGAGCAGACAUCUCACCACCACCUUCAGUACCAGAUGUCUCACCAGCACCUUCAGUCUCAGUACCAGACAUCUCACCACCACCUUCAGUACCAGACAUCUCACCACCAUCUUCAGUACCAGACAUCUCACCACCACCUUCAGUACCAGACAUCUCACCACCACCUUCAGUCUCAGUACCAGACAUCUCACCACCACCUUCAGUACAAGACAUCUCACCACCUUCAGUACCAGACAUCUCACCACCACCUUCAGUCUCAGUACCAGACAUCUCACCACCACCUUCAGUACCAGACAUCUCACCACCACCUUCAGUCUCAGGAGCAGACAUCUCACCACCACACCACCUUCAGUACCAGACAUCUCACCACCACCUUCAGUCUCAGUACCAGACAUCUCACCACCACCUUCAGUCUCAGGAGCAGACAUCUCACCACCACCUUCAGUCUCAGGACCAGACAUCUCACCAUCGCCUCCAGUACCAGACAUCUCACCACCACCUUCAGUCUCAGACAUCUCACCACCACCUUCAGUCUCAGGAGCAGACAUCUCACCACCACCUUCAGUCUCAGGACCAGACAUCUCACCACCACCUUCAGUCUCAGUACCAGACAUCUCACCACCACCUUCAGUCUCAGACAUCUCACCACCACCUUCAGUACCAGACAUCUCACCACCACCUUCAGUCUCAGACAUCUCACCACCACCUUCAGUACCAGGCAUCUCACCACCACCUUCAGUCUCAGUACCAGACAUCUCACCACCACCUUCAGUCUCAGACAUCUCACCACCACCUUCAGUCACAGGCAAUCCUUCACAGUGGAGACAGAACUACAGUACAGAACAAGACAAUCUGAUUCAGGGCAAUCCUUCACAGUAGAGACAGAACUACGAGACAGAACAAAACAGAACAGGCAUUGUACAGAACAGGACAAUCUGAUUCAGGGCAAUCCUUCACAGAGGAGACAGAACUACGGGACAGAACAAGACAAUCUGAUUCAGGGCAAUCCUUCACAGUAG